UUCUCCUCACCUGCCAAGAUUCUGGUGAGGUUUGAGGCUUUCCAUACCCUCGACUCAGGGCUAUAGAGCUGCUUAGCUGCAGCAUGAAAUUAGCUUCUCAGCAACGGGAUGACCUACCAUCCGUGGCACAGUCAUCUCACCCCUUUUGUUAUGGUGUCGCCCAGCACAAGAGACAUGAGCCGGAAUCUAAGGCUAUUCUUGCUUUCACUAUAUGUAGACUCAAGCCUCAAGCUUUCUGGCAGCAUCCAACUCCAACCACUCCCCGUCAUGCACACACAACUGGCUCUUCACAUCACAGGCGUGUCCGGAGGCCGAUCAGUCACUCUAAGAACUGGAGAACUUUCCAGGCAUCUCUGCAUGGAGUAAUUUGCAGACUCACACUUGUCCCUGUGGCCCUUAGACAUAACCCUUGUGCAUACAAAACUGCCAUUAGGGAGUGGGUAGAACUCGAGGGGUGGAGCCUCUGUUCCCGUGUUGGAAGCUACUGUGACUCAGUGCGCCUGCGAGACUCCCACGCCCUGGAAAGGAUUCCUAUCGAUUCACUCUGCGCUCGGCAGUUCUUUCUGGUAGGAGGCGGCCAUCUUGCCUGGAGCCCGAGAAAGGGAGGAGACAGAAGGAACGGGCGACAGUGGUCUCAGUGCCGCCCCGGGGGCCUCAAGAGCUGGAGGCAGCCCCGGAGGUGGUCCCCGAUCCCGGGCUAUGCUCUUGGACCUGAGAAGGGAAGGCGGAGGGCGGCGGGGACAAGAUGGGUGGGGAAUGUCAAGCAAGGAUUGCUAGACGGGGGAGGGGCGUUGCCAUGGCGACCGGGGAGGGGCGGUGUCAGAUCUGAAUCGCUGUUGUGUGUCAUCCAGACGCUGCCCAGGAAGGGCAGGGCUGGGGUGAUGACCAUGGCUCCCGCGAGCGGAUACGCCAGAGGAGGAGGCCGGGGAAUGGCCGCGGUGUGGCAGCAAGUCCUAGCAGUGGACGCGAGGUAUAACGCGUACCGCACACCAGCGUUUCCACAGUUUCGGACCCAGUAUAUCCGCCGGCGCAGCCAGCUGCUACGGGAGAAUGCCAAGGCUGGGCACCCCCCAGCGCUGCGUCGGCAGUACCUGAGGCUUCGGGGGCAGCUGUUGGGCCAACGCUACGGGCCCCUCUCCGAGCCAGGCAGUUCUCGUGCUUAUAGCAACAGCAUCGUCCGCAGUAGCCGCACUACCCUUGACCGCAUGGAGGACUUUGAGGAGGAUCCUCGGGCCCUGGGGGCCCGUGGGCACCGCCGUUCCGUCAGCCGUGGCUCCUACCAGCUGCAGGCACAGAUGAACCGUGCCGUCUAUGAGGACAGGCCCCCUGGCAGCGUGGUGCCCACGUCAGCGGCAGAGGCUAGUCGAGCCAUGGCCGGGGACACAUCACUGAGUGAGAACUACGCCUUUGCGGGCAUGUACCAUGUUUUUGACCAGCACGUGGAUGAGGCAGUCCCAAGGGUGCGAUUCGCCAAUGAUGACCGGCACCGCCUGGCCUGCUGCUCGCUCGAUGGCAGCAUCUCCCUGUGCCAGCUGGUGCCCGCUCCACCCACCGUGCUCCGAGUGCUGCGGGGCCACACCCGUGGUGUCUCCGACUUCGCAUGGUCCCUCUCCAAUGACAUCCUUGUGUCCACCUCACUGGACGCCACCAUGCGCAUCUGGGCUUCUGAGGACGGCCGCUGCAUCCGGGAGAUCCCUGACCCUGAUGGCGCUGAACUGCUCUGCUGCACCUUCCAGCCCGUCAACAACAACCUCACUGUGGUCAGGCUCCAGGGUGCCCGCUCACUAAGGGCGAGCAUGCCGGGUCAGGAGGGCUCAGGGAGUCAGAGUGCAAGUGUGGGAUGGCCUAGGAAAUCUGGAACCCCCCCCAGGCCCAUCACAGCAGUCCUACUGUAGUCAGACUCAAAGGGAAAUAGGUCAGAGGACAGGGCAAUGCAGUCCUUGGUCUGCGCUGGCUUUGCUGUGGUAGACUUCAUGGGAGCACUGGUCGGAGGUAGUGGUCCCAUCCACUACCGUCCUACUGCAGGAUGAUGAGGCUGAAACCUCAUGUGGUCUAUCAGUAGCAGCUCCACCAUGGUCAGACUCCAGGACAGAUUGGUCAGAGAGCAGGGGAAGGAAAUUAAAAGUCUGGCAUGGCCCAGGGUCGGGUGAGGGAGAAGUACAGGGGAACUGGCCAAGGGUAUAUUUGUGGUUGGGGACCCUUCCUGUGUCAGCAGCAACCCCACAGGCUCCAGGCAGGAGCAGCCAGGAAGCAGAGGAAAGCUAUCAGAGGCCUGGGAUAGCCCUGUGGUUUUCAGACUACAGGGGGACUGGCUGGGGGACAGCAUUAUGGCUCUGAGACCCCUUCACUCCCACGAGCAGCUGUCCUACUCUCGGCAAAUUGCAAGAGGGGAUGGCUUGGGAGGAGGAUUACAUGCCUAGGUCACCUUCUCAUCUGCCUGCUGCAGCCCCACUGUGAGUAGAGACCAGCCAGUCCUGUGAACAGCAUCCCUGUUGUGGUGAGAGUCAAGGAGGGACUGGCUAGGAGCAGG